AUGGAGGCUCUCGUGUCCCUCGCUCUGGGGUUGGUCGCCCAGAGCAAUGGGGGCGCGGGAGUCCUCUGGGAAGAGGCAGCGGCGUGGGUAAGUUUCCCGUCCAUCGAUCCUCAACCUAUCCAUCACCACCCUACCUACUACCAACUCAUUCUCGUCCAUUUAUCCAUCUCUAUCCAUUUAUCACCUCACAGGCUUGCCUUAGCCGCAGGCAGAGAUUAAUCCAUCUAACGAUCUACUGUUCACAGGUGCUUCUCGCCCACUAAACCCCGCGGCCCCCCCUUUCUUGCCUGCUGGAUGGCCAGCACACCCACACCCACACCCGAUUCCUCCUCCCCUCUUUCCCUCCCAAGGAGCGGAUUUGGGCGGCUCUUUUGGCGGUGCUCCUGCACCAAGUUGGUAUUACUUUCUUCACAAACAAGAUGAUUUGCUCAUGUCACUGAUCCACGACAGGUCCCGUAACCAGUCCCAAGCUGGUGCGAGAAUAUACAGCGGUACGUGAAACCACCCUGAGAAGUUUGAAAAGCCUCGAAAUCUUCGCCAACCUAUGUAUUUGCUCAACUGACAUUGGAAACAGGGACGCUGUAUAUGAGACAACCGACCUCGUUCUGGCGACCCUAUAAGCGUAGAAAUGGGGAUAUGCCGACACCAAGCAGAGCACCAAGAGCAGAGCGCGAUAUGGUUCCUCGUAGUCGUCGUUACAAUCGUGGUAUGUUUACUUCUAUAUCUCCCUUGUCUGGCUCGUCCUCUCCAGUCACACCUCGCAUUAAUAUUCACCUGGGUAUCUGUUUCACCCCAGCUUACAAUUGAGCAGCAGACAAUACUAGUCCUGUCGGCCCCAGGGCAAGCGAGGAAUCAAGCCAAUUAAAUCACGAGGACGUUGCUGUAGUACCGGGUCCCCCCUCCCCCGGCUCGCUACCGCGUCUGCUUGAUUUGCGUUUUGCGUCCGAGUUUGGUGGCUUGCAAAGUUCUGCUUCAUCUUCAACCAACAACUCUAAUAUACAUUUUGCUCAACGCAGAACCUCAUUUCGAAGUCUUGUAGACGACCACCACCGACCCACCGCUGUCACCUGGAACGUUGAAUUUGGUGAAGAUUACGAUCUGACUCCUCGCGCUCUCGGCACCAUGAGUGAACGAGCAGCACCAUCUGAGGGUCAACAAGGACAGUUGACGCCCUCCAGAAACGAAUCGCCAGCCAAAUACGCAUCGCCUGACACACCUGGUCGCUUUGGCGCUGAUCGAGGAAUGCCUGGCACACCUACUCGCAACCCCUUGAUCAAUCGUGGUAUGGCUAAUUCGACCAGAGGACUAACCAGCUCCCAAGGCGGUAGCGCGUCUGGAUUCAAUCCUGCUGCAAACUCUUACAAUCCUGCUGCGCAGCGUGUUCCUGGCGGCAACAACACCGGCGGCUAUCGUGGCAAUGCCAGUGCAUCUGGCGGAAUGUCGUCAAACAGCUCUGACAAUCGCAACAACGCUGACACAUCCUACAACAAUUCUGGCAGUCGCAACACUAGUGAUAUGUCGGCUGGUACUGCUAGCUAUAUCAACACUGGCGGCAAUAACAUGGCUUCAAACAACUCGGGCAAUAGCACUGGUAUGAAUACUGGCGGCAACGCUGGUGCUUCUUACAAUAACACGGGUAAUCGCGGCGACAUGUCUACUGGCACUACUGGCUAUGUCAACACUGGUGGCAAUACCGGUGCUUCAUCUUCAACCAACAUGGGCAAUCGCAACACUGGUGGUGACCCUACUGGAUAUACCAACACCGGCGGCAAUGCUGGUGCCCCGAACAAUCUCGCUUUGGUUGGCGGUAUUUCUUCUGCUGGGCCUGCUCCUGGUAACUUCGGCUUUAAUGGCAAUAUUGGUGGUCUCGCUGGUAGCAGCCUUCCUGCAUUUGUCGCGAGUUUUGGUCGCCCAUCUCCUCGUGGCAACAUCGCAAACGACAAUACAGCAACAUACAACCAAAUGGCCUUGCAAGCUAUCUCUGACAACACGUCCAUCUCUAUCGAUGAGCUCUCUCGUCCUAACGUCGACCCGUUCGGAGCCAUCCCAUCAACUAAUCGGUCCUCACUCCUUACGCCCGCUGAUGGCAUGAGCCGCAAGAUGCGUGAGUUGACUGAAGGUGGACGCAUCACCCCAAUUGGAGACGCCGCAUUGAACGUUUACUUUCUCCCCUUCAUUACUCUGUGUAGCCAACACCCAAAGCAAUCCCGAUAUGGAGUCCUCGUCAUCAAGAACGUAUGUUAUGAAUUCUACUUCACCUAAUUAUACAGUAUUGUUAACUUUAUCUAGAUUCCGUACACCCUCACACGCUCGGAGGUCUUAGCAUUUAUUGGACGCAAUGCAAAGAUUGUUCCGGAGUCGGAGAACGAGAGCAUUCACAUUAUCAUGGAGCGUGUGACCAGUAAGACUUUGGAUUGCUACGUCGAAUUCACCUCUGUCAACGAGGCCAUUGCCGCGGUUGAUCGCUUCCAGUCCUUGAAGAUGGCUGGUCGCAGCGGUCGUCUUGGUCCACGACACGUUGAGGUUGAGUUGUCCAGCCAGGAGGACUUGAUGCGCCAACUAUUCCCCAAGGCAAAGAACGUGCAAUGGGUUGGCAUUAGUCCUACAAUCAUUCCCAAGGAUCCAAAUGACAAAUACAACUCGGGCUUCCAAGGAUUUAUCACCAACGAGGAACUUGUCAUGCUCGUCAAGCACGUCGAAUACCCUCAACGAGUAAGUUCUCUACUAGCUAAAGCAGAAUGUCUACUGACUUUGAGCAGUCCCCAUUCUCUCGCGAUUGCCCACAGCGCCCAUUUGAGUGUCUCAUUAGCACCUUGUCCAAGGUAAGUGCCCAACCAACCCCAAGAAGCAUAAGUCAAUCGCUAAUAACGUACAGUACCCCUGGCACAUGACCCACUACAUCACCUUGGCUGACCGAAAGCGUUUGUUCGAUGCUACUGUCAAAUUGGUCAAGUUCCUCCUUCAUCGCAUUCGUAAUGGGGAUGAUCCUGUUCACUUGAACAAUUCGUUGCUUAAGCGAGUCAUCAAGGCUUGCCUUGCCUGUGAUGGGUUCACUCCGGUAAUGAAGGAUGACAUUGUUUUCUGGACUUCACUGGAUGGCCGUAGAGCUUACGAGCUUGGUCAAGUACCGCAUGCUGAUGGUUGGGCCGCAAUUCACACGCUUGGAGCUAAGAAGGAUAUUGAGUACGAUCUUCUCAUGGUAAGUUUUCUUCCUCCGGUUCAUUCUCUAAUGUUGGCAUAAUACUGACUCUUACAGUUCUAUGUCAAAUUGAUUCAUGAUUGGACCAUGAAGAACGCCCGUAGACCAACCCUCGCCGAGCAAGCAGAGAGAGGUUACAGCGGAUUUCAUGCUACGACCAUGUUUGGACGUGUUGAGCAGUUCCUUGAUCUUGCCAAUGCCUUCCACCCCAAGACUCUUGGAGAAGCUACUCUUGCCGAGGUUGCUGUACGCGAGUGGCUCAUUCUUGAGCGAAUCAUUCGCAGUGCCCUCCCUGGAGGUCAACCCAAGUUGGAAUAA